UUAACUAAACAUUUAUUGAUUAAUUCAUUCAAGCAUCAAAGCUAAUGAAUACUUACAGAUAGCAGUUGCCACAAACAAAUUUUAGGAAGAAUAUCUUAUUGCUAGGUACAGUAACUAGAAAAUUAUAAGAAUUUUAAAUCAUGGCUCCACAUGUUGAAAGAUCAAAAAGGAAGGCUGUUAAAUCAGAAAGAACAGACUUCAGAAUGAUGCAGGGUUGUUUGUUUCCCCAGGGAAAAUGUUCUUUCCAGGGCCAAGAGCAUUUUCUUAUUUUUUCCAUAUUCCUUCCAUCCAUCCAUCCAUCCAUCCAUCCAUCCAUCCAUCCACCCACCCACUCACUCACCCACCCAUGCAUGCAUGCAUGCACCCUACACACCUGUGUCAAAUACAAAGCUGGAUCCUCAGGACACAGUGGUUUCUGCUCUCUCUGAGUUUCAGUUCUAAAUUUAAAGGCAAACUCAGAAGUUGCUAAAUGUGUGAGCUCUUUUCCCCUCUAUCAAAUCAAUUGCAUUUUCCCACACUUCCAACAUUCAUUUUGUUGUCCACCUGUUCAUGGGAAGCAAAGGCACCUUUGCAGACAGAUUUCAGUCUGGCUUUCUUUCAUCCAAUUGCAAUGGGCCUCUGAUCUUUUCAUGGCUGGCUGCUUGCCGUGCAUGUCUCAACGAGCACCUCCUUGGAGGGGCCUCUUUUAACCAUCUCAUCUGAAGUAGUCAUUCACCAGCUGCCAUCACAUCAACCUGUUUUAUUUUCAUUGUAGCAUUUGUCCUUGAUAUUUUUCAUUUGCUUAUUUAAUUGGUCCCCCUUUCUGCCAUGAAAGCUCUAUGAGGGCAGACAGGUGCCUCAUCUGCUUGUUUGCCUCCGAAUUCCGAAAUGAUUUGAAACGCAGUUGGCAUUCAUUAAAUAUUUGUUGACUUAAUGAAUGGAUUCUUAAUUGGCUACUACUGCUUAAAGGUCUACAAAUACUGAUUCAUCCUUGUUGACAAGUUUUUACUUCUCACACGUAUGCAUAUUAAUCAGAAUUUAAAACUAAGUCUUAAAAAUAAAAACAGCUUGGAAACGUGGGAAACAUCUGGCAGAGAAAUCAUUCUUGCAUUCGCAGUGAUGGAAGGAAAAUUUUUUCUCUGAAGUAAGCAGGUUGUUGGCCUCUUUAUCGGUAUCAUUGGAAAAUGCUUGCCUAUUUUUGUUGGUUUUCUCAGGAACUGGGAACAUCUGGCGUUGGGAACAUAGAACGUUGUUCAUUUUUAAAGCAGAGUCAUAAUAACUUUAUGAGUUGAGAGUAAGAGAGAAAAUGCCCAAAGAAAAUGAAGGCAGUCUGGAGAAAGAAGAGGCUCGUGUCCCUUUUAAGGAACAGGUUUCCUUGGCUCUUUGAGAGUGGUUCUUAAAGGAAGCUUCCUAGAAAGUCCGCAGUUGGUAUCCUUACUAAAUGAGCCAACUAAAUAGUAGAGGGGAAAAAAAGAGUGCGUGCCUGGCUCCUCCUAGUUCAGGCUCAUACCGCCUCCUGAAAGUUGUGGCUACAGGACAGGCUUUGGCUGCUUUCUAGAACGUCGCUCGGAUCCCUUUAAAGGUGGGAAUCUUGACGGAGAAUGCGGGGGAUGAAGGCGGGAGCUGAGGGCUGGAGAGUCUCUGUUGACAUAGUAACUCUUCAGCUCCGUCUCCCUUGCUCUCCGCUCUUACGCUUCGCUACCACCAGCGGCCCCGCCUGUGCCCUCUCUGCCCGGGCGCCCCAGACGCAUCCUCGCGGGGUCUCCUCGGCCUGACCUGCUCAGGUCAAGGUCCUCUUUGCACCCCCUUAAGUGGUGACUUCUCCCCGGGCUAGUGGGCGAGCCACUUGCGGCGGGCGUCUGCACCCCCUGCCUCAUCGCCGUACCCUGGGCACCGGUCUGCCCAGCACCAGUUCGGCCGCUGACGCGAACCCUCCGCACCGGGUCCCCGCUGGAACUGCCCACUCGGCUCCCCCGGGAGCGGGGCCCAGGCCAGUCGGGCGUUCCCGCCAUGAGCCAGAGCCCGGCGUUCGGGCCCCGGAGGGGCAGUUCUCCCCGGGGCGCUGUCGGAGCCGGUGCGCGGCGCAACGAGAGCCAGGACUAUCUGCUCAUGGACUCGGAGCUGGGAGAAGACGGCUGCCCGCAAGCCCCGCUGCCUUGUUACGGCUACUACCCCUGCUUCCGGGGAUCUGACAACAGACUGGCUCACCGGCGGCAGACAGUUCUCCGUGAGAAGGGGAGAAGGUUAGCUAAUCGAGGACCAGCAUACAUGUUUAGUGAUCGCUCAACAAGCCUAUCUAUAGAGGAGGAACGCUUUUUGGAUGCAGCUGAAUAUGGUAACAUCCCAGUGGUGCGGAAGAUGUUAGAAGAAUGCCACUCACUCAAUGUUAACUGUGUGGAUUACAUGGGCCAGAAUGCCCUACAGUUGGCAGUGGCCAAUGAGCAUCUGGAAAUUACAGAACUUCUUCUCAAGAAAGAAAACCUCUCUCGAGUUGGGGAUGCUCUGCUUCUAGCUAUUAGUAAAGGUUAUGUUCGGAUUGUGGAAGCAAUUCUCAGUCAUCCGGCUUUUGCUGAAGGCAAGAGGUUAGCAACCAGCCCUAGCCAGUCUGAACUCCAGCAAGAUGAUUUUUAUGCCUAUGAUGAAGAUGGGACACGGUUCUCCCAUGAUGUGACUCCAAUCAUUCUGGCUGCCCACUGCCAGGAAUAUGAAAUUGUGCAUACCCUCCUGCGGAAGGGUGCUAGGAUUGAACGGCCUCAUGAUUAUUUCUGCAAGUGCAAUGACUGCAACCAGAAACAGAAGCAUGACUCGUUUAGCCACUCCAGAUCUAGGAUUAAUGCCUAUAAAGGCCUGGCAAGUCCGGCUUACCUGUCAUUGUCUAGUGAAGAUCCAGUCAUGACGGCUUUAGAACUUAGCAAUGAACUGGCAGUUCUGGCCAAUAUUGAGAAAGAGUUCAAGAAUGACUACAAAAAACUGUCAAUGCAGUGCAAAGACUUUGUUGUUGGACUCCUUGAUCUGUGCAGAAACACUGAAGAAGUCGAGGCCAUUCUGAAUGGGGAUGUUGAAACGCUCCAGAGCGGUGAUCAUGGUCGCCCAAAUCUCAGCCGUUUAAAACUUGCCAUUAAAUAUGAAGUAAAAAAAUUUGUAGCUCAUCCAAACUGCCAACAGCAACUUCUCUCCAUUUGGUAUGAGAAUCUUUCUGGUUUACGACAGCAGACAAUGGCGGUCAAGUUUCUUGUGGUCCUUGCUGUUGCCAUUGGACUGCCUUUCCUGGCUCUCAUUUACUGGUUUGCUCCAUGCAGCAAGAUGGGGAAGAUAAUGCGUGGACCAUUCAUGAAGUUUGUAGCACACGCAGCCUCCUUCACCAUUUUUCUGGGACUGCUAGUCAUGAAUGCAGCUGACAGAUUUGAAGGCACAAAACUCCUUCCUAAUGAAACCAGCACAGAUAAUGCAAAACAGCUGUUCAGGAUGAAAACAUCCUGCUUCUCAUGGAUGGAGAUGCUCAUUAUAUCCUGGGUAAUAGGCAUGAUAUGGGCUGAAUGUAAAGAAAUCUGGACUCAAGGCCCCAAGGAAUAUUUGUUUGAAUUGUGGAACAUGCUUGAUUUUGGUAUGUUAGCAAUUUUCGCAGCAUCAUUCAUUGCGAGAUUCAUGGCAUUUUGGCAUGCUUCCAAAGCCCAGAGCAUCAUUGACGCAAAUGAUACUUUGAAGGACUUGACAAAAGUAACAUUGGGAGACAAUGUGAAAUACUACAAUUUGGCCAGGAUAAAGUGGGACCCCUCUGAUCCUCAAAUAAUAUCUGAAGGUCUUUAUGCAAUUGCUGUAGUUUUAAGUUUCUCUAGGAUAGCUUAUAUUUUACCAGCAAAUGAAAGCUUUGGACCUCUGCAGAUAUCACUUGGAAGAACAGUCAAAGACAUCUUCAAGUUCAUGGUCAUAUUCAUUAUGGUGUUUGUGGCCUUUAUGAUUGGAAUGUUCAAUCUCUACUCCUACUACAUUGGUGCAAAACAAAAUGAAGCCUUCACAACAGUUGAAGAGAGUUUUAAGACACUGUUCUGGGCUAUAUUUGGACUUUCUGAAGUGAAAUCAGUGGUCAUCAACUAUAACCACAAAUUCAUUGAAAACAUUGGUUAUGUUCUUUAUGGAGUCUAUAAUGUUACGAUGGUCAUUGUUUUGCUAAAUAUGUUAAUUGCCAUGAUCAACAGUUCAUUCCAGGAAAUUGAGGAUGACGCUGAUGUGGAGUGGAAAUUUGCAAGGGCCAAACUCUGGUUUUCCUACUUUGAGGAGGGGAGAACACUUCCUGUACCCUUCAAUCUGGUGCCAAGUCCAAAGUCCCUGUUUUAUCUCUUACUGAAGCUUAAAAAAUGGAUUUCUGAGCUGUUCCAGGGCCAUAAAAAAGGUUUCCAGGAAGACGCAGAGAUGAACAAGAUAAAUGAAGAAAAGAAACUUGGAAUUUUAGGAAGUCAUGAAGACCUUUCAAAAUUAUCACUUGACAAAAAACAGGUUGGGCACAAUAAACAACCAAGUAUAAGGAGCUCAGAAGAUUUCCAUUUAAAUAGUUUCAAUAAUCCUCCAAGACAAUAUCAGAAAAUAAUGAAAAGGCUCAUUAAAAGAUAUGUACUGCAGGCCCAGAUAGAUAAGGAGAGUGAUGAAGUGAACGAAGGGGAACUGAAGGAAAUUAAGCAGGACAUCUCAAGUCUCCGCUAUGAACUCCUUGAAGAAAAAUCUCAGAAUACAGAAGACCUAGCAGAACUUAUUAGAGAACUUGGAGAGAAAUUAUCCAUGGAACCAAAUCAAGAUGAAACCAAUAGAUAAUGCGAAGACUUCCUUAGAAAUUCAUAUUUAUUUGUCCACUUGAAGCCAUAUUAUUUUCUGAUUUAAUUUUCUUAAGUGCCAAUGUGCCCACCUUUUAAACAAGAAAACGUUAAAUAACUUGGGCCAUCCUAUCAUCUGGAGCCCUAGUAUCUAAUUUUUUUGGUGAUUAAACUCCAUUGUUCAGGGUAAAGGCUGUAGAUAAUGAGGAAAAUUAUGCCCAGUUGUUUGGUGCUUGUUUUUUUUUUUUUUUUUUUUUGAGACGGAGUCUUGCUUUGUCGCCCAGGCUGGAGUGCAGUGGCGCGAUCUCGGCUCACUGCAAGCUCCGCCACCCAGGUUCACCCCAUUCUCCUGCCUCAGCCUCCCGAGUAGCUGGGACUACAGGCGCCCAUUACCACGCCCGGCUAAUUUUUUUGUAUUUUUAGUAGAGACGGGGUUUCACCGUGUUAGCCAGGAUUGGUGCUUGUUUUAUAAACUGCUUUCUUGGAUAUAACUCUUGUGAUGAUGUCAUUGCCAUGUAGUGUCUGCCUGAAAAUGGGUCCCAGCGGACAGGGGCUGACCCACGUUACUCCCCAUGCGGUUUUUCCUCUGAAGUUUAUUUCAGGUGCCUUCUUGCCUGCUCUGUGGAUCCCCUGCUGGGGACUCCCAGCUCUGAAAUUUGGGAAAAAGUAGCCCAUGGGCCUUUAGAAUGCUUUAAUCCUUUCUUUAGAAUGCUGUUUAAACACCAUUUACCCUACUUAUCCCUCAAUGCGCAUGAUUGAUACUGUUCAUACAAAAUGGGCUUACAUCUAUGUAAAAUUUUCUGAUUCAUCUAUUUGAAAACAUUACACUUAACAAUGAAAAAAGUUUUUCCUCCACUGAACCCUGGAAACAUGGUCCAGUUUUGUGUGUGUAAAUGUGUACACACAUACAUAAAGUACUUGCCCUAUUUAUUUUGUGGCUAAUGUGGACACACAAAAGCUCUUUAUGUUAUAAAUUUUUAUUGUCACUACAAAAUUACUGUCUAAAUAAGUACCUUUUAUUGGAGAAAAAUCAAAACCCCAAACAAACACUGUGGUUGUUUGGUUCCAUUAUAGCACAAUUUUGUGCCAUUUCUGGGAGCAUUUACAGAUGAAUCCCCACACUUAGCCAUUGAAUGUAAAGGGGAAAAAAUGAGGUGAGAAUUUGUAAAUACUUAUCUGUUAUUUUCAAUAUGUUCUAUCCUUCUACCCAAAUAUACAAAACAGGAAUUUGCAUUCAUGUGCAUUUACCAAGAGGUUGUUGUUGUUACUUACUGAUCAUGUGAAGUGGUGUCUUAAACAACUAAAAGAGAUGAAGGUUCAUAUGUUUCCUCAAAGACCAUUGGCAUUCAGAGGAUGCUGGACAUUAACUGGAACUGCUACUUCCAAUUCAAUAACGGGAGAUUUCAAAUGCAAAUCUUUAACUUCAUCUUAAAGAUGAAAUGGUUGCAGAAAAUCUGUUUAGCUCCAACUUUGGCUUAAUUUAAAUCAAAGAACAUUUAUGUAACCAGAUCAGAAAAUACAGCUGAAAAUUUAUAUUCAGUGAUUUUGUAUUUGUGGAUACUACUUAUGGAAAAGUUACUUGGUGAUACAUAAAGAUCGAUUUUCAAAUAUUUUGUGACAGUAUUUGAAUUAGCAGUUGUAAAAAAUCAACCUCAUACUGAAUGCACUAUCAGCAAAUUAAAAUAAUCUAACAUCCACAAAAA